AUGCAGUUCUACGGCACCAUUUCUGUGGGCUCCUCCGCGAAGAAGUUCAAAGUCUUAUUCGACACUGGUAGCGGCAAUAUGUGGCUUCCCACUGAAAAAACGAAUAUGUGCGGCACAAAGCAAUGCUACAGCUCAAGACAGAGUACCACUUCUACACUGUACACGAACGAAUAUGUUGCGAAAUACAUUGGAGGUAUUGUAAGAGGUGUUUUAGUGAAGGACACGGUCCGCCUUGGUUCGUUCACUACAGAACAGUUCUUUGCAGAGGUGAACGAUGUUUCAGGGGUGGGUAAUGUCUAUGCUAGUGCAAAGUGGGAUGGUGUUGUUGGGAUGGGAUGGCCUUCUAUUGCUGAAUACAACAUUCGGCCCACGAUAUUUUCGCUGUUUGACGCUAACACAAACCUGGCAAAACAGUUCGCCUUUUAUCUGCCCAAGACUCCGAAUAUGGAUGGUGAGCUUGUGAUCGGUGGGUACAACACGAAACGUUUUACAGGUGACCUUGUUCCUGUACAGCUAACAUCUCAGGCCCACUGGACAGUAGCGAUUCCCUCGGCGAAGAUUGGCAAUAACGUGAUUAGUAAGAAGGUUACAGGUAUUCUUGAUUCAGGUUCCUCAUUCAUCAGUGUCCCGCAAAAGGCUUUUCAGAAAAUUCUCCACGCAACAAGCGCCACAAUGAAAGAAGGAGUAUACGUAGUUGACUGCGAAACUAUAAAUCAGCUGCCGAACUUUGAGCUAGAAAUUGGCGGCAAUAAAUGGAUUUUUAAAGGUAUAGAUUACAUUGUUAGGUUCGGGGAUAAAGAAUGCGUUAUUGGAAUGCUUCAAGAGAAUUCAAAACUUUUUCCUGACAACACCUGGAUUUUUGGACACGUUUUUUUCAAGCAUAUCUACACCGUUUUUGAUAUAGACCAGUCUAGAGUAAGUUUUGCUUAUGCUAAAUAGCCCAGUUAUUAAUAUAUAAAAAUAUCUGAAGAAUAUAUUGAAUGAAUAAAGGACUAUACAUGCUGGAAUUAUUUUCAUUUUGUUAUUUUAAUUUUAAGAUUUGUUCUAAUUCAAUUACACCACGAGGAGUAGAAAUAAUGUUUUUAACUUUACUUAUUAUAUAAUAUACACAGAAUUUCAUACAUAUUGAUUAAUAUUUUGAUUCUUGAAAAAUGGAAAAAAUAAUUUAUAUACAUACAAGAAUAUUGAAAAAGGCAGGGAGAUACAUACAUUUAAAAAAUAAAAAAUUGCAUCAAUUUAUAUAUAAAUGGUAAAUAUUUUAUCAAUAAAAU